UCCAACCUCAGGAAGGUGGGGGGACGCCAUUUGGUUGCUGCUACUUCCUCCAUAAGCUAGCUCAUUGCAUAGACUUUGCCAAGAACAGCCAUCAAAAUUAGCUGUGGUCUACUGGUCUGGUGCGACUUUGAUUUGCACGGUGGUUAGGCCCAGAAGGGCAAGGCACAGUGGCGAUGCAGCGGCUGCUACUUCUGUUCUUGCUCCUGGUAGGCCUCCGGCCAAGCUCCAGCCAGAACACCCAAGAUGUUGCCGCGCUUCAGACACUGAUGAAGAAUUGGAAGAAUGUGCCGCAGAGUUGGACAGGAUCAGCUUAUCCCUGCACCUCCUGGGAUGGAAUUUCCUGUUCUAAUGGGAGGGUAACAGAAGUGAGAUUACCAAGCAUGAAUCUGCAAGGUACAUUAAGCAACGCCAUAGACCAACUCUCUGCUUUGACGUAUCUGGAUCUGUCUAACAACCCAAAUCUUGGAGGUCCACUUACUCCAAACAUUGGAAAUCUGAAGCAGCUCACAAUUCUGAUUUUGCUUGGAUGCAGCUUCAUUGGUAAUAUCCCGAAAGAGCUAGGCAACUUAAAACAGCUCACAUUCCUGGCCCUAAACUCAAAUAAGUUCACUGGUGGAAUUCCACCAACACUUGGCCUUCUGUCAAAUCUUAUCUGGUUGGACUUGUCAGCAAAUCAGCUGUCAGGACAAAUCCCUGUUUCUCCAGGGUUGAAUCAACUUGUCAGCACGAAGCAUUUCCACUUCAGUGAGAACCAGUUGACAGGCCCAUUGAGUGAAAGCCUUUUCAAUGCCAAUAUGAGCCUUAUACAUGCGAUAUUUGACAACAACAAGUUUACUGAUUCAAUCCCAAAAUCUCUUGGACUUGUUCCAAACCUUACAAUUAUCCGACUAGAUCAGAACCAGUUCAGUGGUCCAGUUCCUAAUAGUAUUGGCAACCUACGUAACCUGAUGGAACUGAGCUUAGCAAACAACCAACUGAACGGGAGAGUGCCGGAUCUCACCAAUGCAACUCAGCUAAAUUAUGUGGACCUAAGCAACAAUAACUUCGCAAACUCACCAGCACCAGGAUGGUUCUCAACAUUGACAUCCUUGAACACCUUAUUUAUGAAUAAUGAUUGUCUUACUGGGACAAUCCCUAGUGCUCUGUUCAGUUUCCCACAACUGCAGCAAGUAUCACUAGCUAAGAAUGCAUUCAGUGGGACACUUAACAUGAGAGGUAACAUCAGCUCACAACUGCGGGUUGUUGAUUUGACAGAUAAUCGAAUCAUCGACGUUAGCGUAGACCCAAGCUACAGCAACAGCCUCAUAUUAACAGGGAACCCUGUAUGCGCAGAUGACAUUACUUCAUGCAAACUCCAGCAAAAGCAGCAAAUUCCAUACGCCACUAGACUAGGUCCAUGUGGUGCCAUUUCAUGCCAUGCCGAUCAGUCAGCAAUUCCAGUGACUUCCCAGAACUGCGCAUGCACCAAUCCCUUUCAGGGUUUGAUGAUCUUCCGAGCACCUGCCUUCUCUGAUGUGACAAACCCCACAAUGUUCCAACUUCUGGAGUCAACACUUGUGCAGCACCUUAACCUGGCACCAGGAUCAGUUGCCCUUACCGAUGUUGAAUUCGGUCCAGGAGCUCCUCUAACAUUCAUACUGCAGAUUUUUCCAGUCAGUGGAACGGGCUUCAAUCGCUCCGAUGUUAUAAUAAUCAGUUCUGCUCUGGUCAACCAAACCUAUAAAGCUCCACCUGCAUUUGGACCGUACAGCUUCAUAGCAAGCACAUAUUUUCCAAGUCCCAGCGUUAUAAAGUCCUCCAAGACCAUGAGCACAGGUGCAAUAAUUGGAAUAGCAAUUGCUGGUUUUGUCCUUACUGUGGGCCUUGUUCUGGUAGCAAUAUAUGCUCUACGACAGAAAAGAAUAGCCAAGGAGGCAGUAGAGCGAACUACAAAUCCUUUUGCAUCAUGGGGAGCAGGUGGUCAAGACAAUGGUGACGUGCCACAACUAAAGGGUGCAAGAUACUUUUCAUUCGAGGAACUCAAGAAAUGCACCGAUAAUUUCUCACAAAUUCAUGAGAUAGGAUCUGGAGGAUAUGGGAAGGUGUACAAAGGGACACUGGGAAAUGGACAAGUAGCUGCAAUAAAACGAGCACAACAAGGAUCUAGGCAAGGUGCACCUGAGUUCAAGAAUGAGAUAGAACUGCUGUCCAGGGUUCAUCACAAGAACCUAGUGAGCCUAGUAGGUUUCUGCUACGAACAAGGGGAGCAGAUGCUGGUUUAUGAGUAUAUUCCUAAUGGGACAUUGAGGGAGAACCUGAUGGGUAAAAGAGGAAUACGCGUGGAUUGGAAGAAGCGCCUAAGGAUUGCCAUCGGCUCUGCAAAAGGUCUAGCAUACCUCCAUGAACUUGCUGAUCCACCAAUCAUACACAGAGAUAUCAAAUCGACCAACAUCCUUUUGGAUGAAAGCCUCGAUGCAAAGGUUGCUGAUUUUGGUCUUUCAAAGUUAGUAUCUGACAUACAAAAGGGCCAUGUUUCUACCCAAGUGAAGGGGACACUGGGCUAUUUGGAUCCUGAAUAUUUCAUGACUCAGCAGCUAUCUGAGAAGAGUGAUGUUUAUAGCUUCGGAGUUGUCAUGCUAGAACUAAUAACUGCCAGGCAGCCCAUCAAGAAAGGCAAGUACAUUGUCCGUGAAAUUACGAGAGCAGUAGACCAGUAUGAUCAAGAAUACUAUGGUUUGAAGGGCCUAAUUGAUCCAGUGAUUCGGGAUUCAGCUAAAUUAAUUGGCUUCAGGAGAUUUGUGCAGUUGGCUAUGGAAUGUGUGGAAGAGUCUGCUGUUGACCGGCCGACGAUGAAUGAUGUUGUGAAGGAACUUGAGAUCAUUAUACAGAAUGAUGGGGCGCAGUUGUUAAACUCAGGAUCUUUAUCAGCUGAUCAAUAUGGAAAUGCAAAGGAUCGAGAUGCUUAUGGGGAACAUUUUCCUCAGAAAGAUGACAGCAGCAGCAGCACCUUUGAUUACAACAGUGUAUAUUCAUACUCAGCUGUCAAACCAAAGUAGAAACCAUGUACCGAUUCUGCCUGCGUCUACUCAUUGUGUUUGGUGCAUAGACCAAGUGAAGAGGACACAAGACAUGUAUUGUACAAUACUCAUAGUUUUUCUACCUGUUGAUAAAACCAAUGUCUGAAUAUUUUAUAAGCACUAUGGCAAAUGGCUUCUUAGAUGAAACAGCAGAGAUUAACUGUCUAUACAUUCAUGCCCUUGUCCUC